GUAAACCGCUAAAUACCAUUGAGGAUGGGUCCAGUACCUGUGGUCCUUCUUCUGUGGUUGUUCUCUGUGAUGCUGUAUUCAUCUGGCACUGAUGCUCACCCAUGUAGCUAUAAAGCUAAUGGCUGUUCCAUUCCCGGAAACCUGCCUUUUUUCUACAAAAGAACUUUUAAACCAGCUUGCAAUAUGCAUGACCAGUGCUAUAAAUGUGGAUCCUAUCGACUGUAUCGCAUAUCCCGGGCAGGUUGUGACAAACGGUUCCACAAGAACAUGCUGAAAAUCUGCCGUAGACGAGGCUGGUGGAGCCGAUCUCGCUGUUCGAGGUUCGCAAGAAUUUACUACUGGGCUGUUAGAAUUGGAGGGAAAUCUCGUUACAAGAAAAGCCCAGAAGGUCAUUGUGGACGUGUUGCACACUGCAUGACAUGAAGAAGAUGGUGUUAUUACACUCAGUGCAUAAAUGUAAUUUAUUAAACUUCUAAUAUUUAAAAAUUUCUUGCUAAAAUCAACAUAUUUUUUAAGACAUGAUAAAUCUUCAAAAAUGAA